CCCAACCAUUGAAUGUGUUGUUUUUAGUUUUGCAUCCGACGCGCGAAGCCAACUUGGCGAACCAAAUCUCUCAAACAAGAAAACGCAGGAAUCAUCCACAUCCAAGCUGCUGUUUUUUGUAAUUCACGGGCUCACGAGAUACACAGGUGCAAUAGGAAUACCAGGGGCACAAAAAAGUGUGUGCCAAUAUGCAAAAAUCGUAAUAGUUUUACUCUGAUGACAGCCGGUGUGAUAUCAUGUUUAUACUGUUUAUGAGCGCCGCGUUCAAUUGUAACAAAAAGAAUACCAAGAUAUUCCAAUGAUGUCUGAAAUGGCAAAUGGUUGGGCUUCAUCGGAGGAUGAGUAUGAGACUGAAGUUUUGCUUUUUGAUCGAAAAAAGUCACGAAAGGUUCGCCAUAAACUAACGGAGUUAAAUACGAACCAUGUUUACUCCGCCGAUGAAGGCGACAUGGCUCAUGUACCUCUAAUGUUAAAUAGAACAGACAGUUUGGAAGGUAUUGAUAUUAAAGAAUGUGGAGAAGAUGUAUACAGCGUAUCAGAUGCCGUCGAUCAUAUUGGCUUUGGCUGGUUCCAGAUUAAAAUCAUGCUUCUUCUGGGGUACUUUUCGGCUGCCGAUUCCCUAGAGAUGAUGCUGUUGUCAAUAUUAGCUCCUACUAUACGGUGUAUUUUUAGGAUAAGUGCUUGGAAGGAAGCUUGGAUAACUACUGUGGUUUUUAUUGGGAUGAUGGUGGGGUCAUCAACAUGGGGCUGGAUCGCUGAUAAUUUUGGUAGAAAAUUUGUGAUUGUUCUCGUAUCCAUUUGGAUAGCGUACUUCGGCCUUCUAAGUGCUUUCUCGCCUCAUUACUACUGGAUUAUAGUCCUGCGGAUGGUGGUUGGACUAGGCAUCGGUGGCGCGCCACAAUCCGCCACCUUAAUGUCCGAGUUUUUGCCCAGCAAAUACCGAGCUAUGUGUAUGUGCAUCCAGUCACCGUGGUGGACCUUGGGUUCGCUCUUCACUAUUUGCGUAGCGAUGCUCGUCAUGCCUGUCUACGGUUGGAGAUACCUGCUCGCAUUACUUAGCCUGCCAAUGUUCCUCUUUCUUUUAUUAUCUCCAUUCCUUCCCGAAUCGUGUCGGUUCCAGCUUGCGUCUGGCGAUCGCGAUAAAGCGCUUGCAACUCUGCACCGAAUGGCGCGUGCGAAUAAAGCCACCCUACCAACGGGAUUUCUUAAAGACGCUAAUCAGAAUGCAAAACGGGGAAGAAUUUUAGAUCUUUUAAAGCCAGAGCUACGAAGGACGACGUUAAUGCUAUGGUUUCUAUGGUUCAACGUAGCUUUCACGUACUACGGCGUAGUGCUGAUGACGUCAGAGCUUUUUCAGAGUGACAGCGCGGGAGGUGGCAAAUGCGAAGCUGGAAGUGGAUCAGUCAAGGACCCGCACUGUGGGUGUAAAUUGCUGACCACAAAGGACUAUACAGAUAUGAUGUGGACGACACUUGCAGAAAUCCCAAUUGUACUGGUGAAUAUUGUGCUUCUGGAGCGACUCGGACGCAGACGAACACUAGCGCUGUUAUACGGACUCACGGCUACAUUUUACAUGCUGCUUUUUAUAUGCACAAAACGUGAAUGGAUGGUGGCUUUUAUUUUUGGCGCUAGAGGCUGUAUAUCCGGGGUAUUCACAGCUAUCUAUAUCUACACUCCAGAGUACUACCCUACCGUGGUGCGAGGUCUUGGCCUCGGCACGUGCAGUGCUGUUGCACGAAUCGGCGCCAUGAUAACUCCAUUUAUCUGUCAGGUCCUACUGCGGGCGUCAGUAGACUUUGCGCUGGGCGUGUACGCGGCUACGGGCCUGUCUUGUGUCGUCAUUGCGCUCUGUCUUCCCAUAGAGACCAAAGGACGACUGAUGCGGGACACUUGACAAGGAGCAUGUAGGUGUAAUAAACCUGGCUCUUUACAUUUGGGGACUGUGAACCCCUCGUUUUCUUGUAUAAGGAAGUUAAGUCGCAGGUCCCGUUCUCUCACCGCACAUCGUUAACCUGUAUUGGGGGACGUAAAAGAGCCGCUGAGGACGCUGGCCCGUGGUACCAUCUUCAGUGACAAUGCUUACACACUUACUCACUCAUGAUUGUAAACUGCGUGGAGCAUUCAGUAUCUCCACACUGACGAGUAAAGUCAGUCACAUGUGAAGCGCAUUUGAUCAUUUCGUAUGUAAAAGUAUGCUAUACAAAUACCAAACAUUAUUAAUAGUAGUUUAAUAAGCAGACGAAAAACAAUAGUAUCUACAUAAGUGUUAUGCAACACAAAAAAUUUGUACAAUAACAUUCCAUUGGUAACAGAAAAUUAGAUAACCCAGUAACCUGUCACGCAAGCUAUAAAAGGAAGUACAUUAGUACAAUAGACCGUUUUCACGGUGUAUUGUAUAAUUGACAAGGGAUAAUGCAUUAAUUGACGCAUUUACAUACCUGUCACACAAGCUAUAUCACGAGUAACAGGAUAAGGGCACCAGUAACUGUUAUUUAAACAUUUUAUUUUUUAUGAUUUUAAAUAAAAAUUUUAAGGAAAUAUAACCCCCAAAA